GAUUGAGGGAAGUAGAGACAGACAGAGAGAGCAAGAGAAAAAGAAAGACAGAACGGAAGGAAGAAAAUAAUCUACAAGGAUUAUGAUUAUUUUCCUAAUAGACUGCAUCUCUGUGGGGCUACAGCGUUUCUACUAAGUAGCCGAGAGACACAGCUGAGGAGGAGGAACAAGGGGGAAGGGAAAGAGAGAACAUAGGGAGACAGAGGGAUAGAGUGAGAGAAAGAAAAGGAAGAGACCCUCUUCAUCUUGCUCCCACCUCUCUCUCUAUACCUACAAAGCGGCACUCAGCUGAAGACAGUGGGUGUUGAUUUGUGGCUGUUGUCUAUGGAGUUCACAAUGCUUCAUCAGACCUCAGUUACAGUAAGAAACACAGACAGCACCACAGAGUGAGCCCUUCACAAGCUUCAGCGCCUGCCCCUGAAAAGGAAAGAUGUCUCUAACCACGACAGAGGCCAACUUCUCCAGCCCCAUCCCCACAACCGUCUUCUUCCCCGGCUCCACUGUGACUGGGGAUGGGCGUGACAACAGCACUGUGCGGGCCACCACCAUGACCAUGUCUGUGACCAUGGUGACAAACGACACUAGCUUCAACUCUACCAAACUGCCAGAGCUGGAUAUACCUGGGUCUGGGAUGGGCAUGGUCCUCGUCCCUUUUGGCAUCAUCACGGUUAUUGGCCUGGCCGUGGUCAUGAUGCUAUAUAUCAGGAAAAGGAAGAGACUGGAGAAAUUGAGGCACCAGCUCAUGCCCAUGUAUAACUUUGACCCGGCUGAGGAGCAAGAUGAACUGGAGCAGGAGCUUCUCGACCACGGCCGUGAGGGUGCUGGCACCGGAGCCAAUGCCAAGACACUGAUGCCCAGUCAAGGGACUGCACAGAGGCCCAGUCGACUCGUCUUCACAGAUGUGGCCAAUGCCAUCAAUGCAUGAUGUCAUCAUCACUAGCACACGUAGGGGGUAGGGUGGGCGGUGAGACUGGAGAGUGGUGUCCCCUUAGGUUUAGGGUGUUAUCGUGCGGGAGGAGAGAGGAGAGCAAUGGCCACAAGGACAUUGAAUAGGGCAUGAAAUAUAUUCCUUAGUGCAGACCUGCACUGAGAAUGUACAUAGAGGUAAUAACUUCCAAUGGGCCUCAUACAAGCCUGACGGGAAAUGCUGGAUACAGAGCAUAUGGGAUUUGUUUCAUCCUAUGAGGGAUGUAACUCACUUGUGGAAAAGGGAAAAAUGAAAUGUGUACCAGCAUACUACCAAAUUGAUAACACAUUCUAUUUUGAUCAAGCAUACAAUAUUAGAUUUUUAAAAGUGUUUUUUCCAUUACACAGUAAAAUGUUCAGUGUUAAAUGAACUCUUGCAUACUACAUAUGGUAUUUAUUACUGAUAUGUACUCUAUGAGAGUUGAAGAAACACUGGACAUUUUACUGGGUAUAUUUGUCAUUUUCUAUAAACCCCUUUUCAAAAGGAACUUUGGGAUGUGGCUUAUGUAGUUCUCAGGAUCUCUGGAAGGUGGUGAUGAGUAAUGUGCUAAUCCUGCAGGUUUUAGGAUUGCCAUUCAAUUAUCAAUCAAUGUUCUUCCAAGAACACCAGGUGAGGUGAUUUCUUGUCUUAAAAAUGACAACAAUUAAAUAAUUAAGUCAGUUAUGACCAGAAGAUCAGACCAGAUCCCUGCUGUAGAUUACACCUAUGUUUUGUCCAAUAGAGUGAGCUGACAGCUUCAUGAAGUCUCACAGAUUGGCUACUGGGAAAGAAGUCCAGGGAAAUAAGCAUGUCUAACUCCUGGUAGACUUAAUCUCCCAUGAGCACCUCUGUAACAUCUUCUGUGGCAUUGAGGUCAGCUUAUCAAGGGCACUCAAGGGUUGUCCCACAGCUAGAAUCUUAGAUUUUGUGAAAUGUAUUUAUUGCAGUGAUUGGGUAGUGAUGCACAAGGGCUAUAUGGAACUAUGGGAUAAAUGGGGGAUUUGUGCAGUCUUGACCCUUUUCUGUGUGUCUAAUGACUACAGGAGAAUGCAUCGUAGGGCAUGUAUGGUUUCUUGUGUGUGAACACUGAAAGAUGAAGGAGUAUCUCACAUCUCUUGCUGUCCUCCCAAGAUUCUGGGCUUCAUUAUGCACCUCUUUAUUUAUUUGACUCUUUUGUUAGGUUUAUUAGCCUGAACCACUGAAUAUAAGCAACAAGUCGACAGGAGAAAUCUAUAGUGCUGUACAGAAAAGACACGUAACUUUGAAACUUAUAUUGUAUAAUGUUGAUCCUUGGACGCAUGAGUUAUUUCAAUAUUUGUGGCACCUUACUGGACGCUUACUGGAUUUGAGGAUGGAUAGGACUGCUUGUUUUAAGGCAACGUGGCUGAGCCUCGUUUGUCAUGUCUGCUGGACGGCAACGUGACUGUCACUCCCACACCUGGGCAGGGAACAUAGAGAGCACAGCUCUGACCUGGACAGAGCAGCAGCAGGAGAACGUCAGAGGCAUAUUCACAGUCGCACAGCCUGGAUGAGAAACUCACCGGGUCAGUCUUGGGAGCUCCACACUGACUACUGUUUGAAUGGAGGCUCUGUCUGGCCAGCGUCAUGUGCGGCAUGGGUCCUCCCACCCCACCCCCUUCACACUGUGACACACAUUCAUGACUGACAUAACAGGACCUCUCCACCUUUCAGCUCUUCAAGACACUCUCUGAUGACCCAAAGAUGUUUCUGCUUGUUUUCCACUCUCUGUACCAACAAAGAACCAUUUCUGUGGUGACUAAAACCGUGUUCCUUUUUUUUUACCAAACAUCUGCACAUAUAUAUCACUGAGAAACUCUGCUGUCAGGGCUGGUUUCUAAAUGGAAACAAAUUCCUACCGUGGAAGUUUAAUUUCUUUUAAAUAACUUACAGAUACAACUUGAUGAGAUUGUGUGCAGGGUACAGAAGAAUAAGGAAUAGCCAUGUUUAAGUUCAACUGUGCUGCACCCUGGCUUGGUGAUUCUUGGGACUCAAUUGUACAUUUGAAGGAAAAGAGCUGAUGUAAAAAAAUUUUAAAAAAAUUAAAAAAGACCAGGAACAAACUGGGAUGGAAGGGGAUAUCACAGAUACACAACUAUCCUUGACCUCAUGGAAUGUCAAAUUCAGCAAGUCACAAGCUACUUAAAAUGUGACUCUGCCCUGGUUAAAAUCACCACGGUUUUUGAGACCCCACCAUUAAAAUAAGGCUCCUUACAUGGCUCGGAGCCUCUUGUGUUCCCCUCCACCCCAGUGUCCUGGACUCAGGGACACUGCAAUUCAGAAUAAAUACACCUACUAAAUCUCGGCAAUUAGGAAAAUAUUGGUGUUUGGGAAAUUAAAAUGGGAGAGAAGAAAUCAAAUCAAAAGAUGGAAGUUUCUAGAGCUAAGUGCAAUAAAUGUUUAAAGCAACAACUUGUUGGGAGUAAAUCUGAGAGGACAUGCGUAUAAUUGGAGCCCCAAGUGGACGAACACUGUUUGUGCACACACUGUGCUCCAAAAUCCAAAAUGGCAAAUCCACACAUUCAUAUUUCACCUUAAAGCUUGGGAUCUCUCGCUCCAAACUGUUCAUAGUUGUGCUGGGGUAGAGUAAACAUUGAAUCUGUCCAUAACUGCCUGCAGGUAGGAGUGUAUGCAUGUUGUCAUAAGUUGUGGUAGGGAUGAAUGUGUGUACACAUGUAGUCACAAGGCAGAGGAGGGCAUACUUGUGUGUGUGUGUGUGUUUGUGUGUGUGUGUGUGUGUGUGUGAGAGAGAGAGAGAGAGAGAGAGAGAGAGAGAAAGAGAGAGAGAGAGAGAGAGAAAGAGAGAUUGAGUAGGAUAGUAGGUUAGGGUUUGCACGAUCCUUGCCAUAGGAUUAUGAUGUGAUAAAACUGCCCUCCCUUCUCUCCCUCUCCGGAGGUCAGCUCUGCUGCAAUGUGUACUUUUUGAAAUGUUAAUUUUGUGAACUGAAUAAAAUGAGUACUCUCUGGGCCAUGUA